GUCUUUUUCAUACGAUAUCUGAAAUUAACGAAGAUUAUUGCAGGAGCUUACUCGGCUUUCCUAAAAGUGACAUUCCCAGCACCUGGAAAGGGCCUUGUGAGUGUGUAAGCAGGUGUGGGGAAUAUAGAAUCCCAUUGGGUAAUUUUCAACAAGGAUAACAUUUACUUCACAUCUGAUGAGCGGGCGACGAGUUAUAACACAGUAAAGAGCAGAAACUUGGAAAGCAUCAAAAAGUAUCGUAAGCAACGAGUGAACCAGUAGAGCACAGAUGGUCGAAGGGACUCGCAGGAUUUGAUCCUCGUCGUGAUACGAUGGAUAAGGUGGAGCAGAUCCUGUCAGAGUUCAGGCUGAAUAAGGAAGACCUCAAAGAAGUCAUGAAAAGGAUGCAGAGAGAGAUGGACAGAGGACUGCGUUUAGAGACGCACGAAGAGGCCAGCGUCAAAAUGCUUCCUACGUACGUCUGCUCCACCCCUCAGGGAUCAGAGGUGGGAGAUUUCCUUGCUCUGGAUCUUGGGGGAACAAACUUCCGGGUGAUGCUGGUGAAGGUGGGCGCAGACGAGGAGAGGAGCUGGAAGGUGGAGACCAAAAACCAGAUGUACUCCAUUCCUGAAGACGCCAUGACAGGCACUGCUGAAAUGCUGUUUGACUACAUUGCAGAGUGUAUGUCAGACUUUUUAGACAAACACCACAUUAAGCACAAGAAGCUCCCUCUGGGUUUCACCUUCUCCUUUCCUGUACGACAUGAGGACAUUGACAAGGGUAUCCUUCUUAACUGGACCAAAGGCUUCAAGGCGUCUGGGGCCGAGGGAAACAAUGUGGUGGGUUUACUGAGAGACGCCAUCAAGAGACGAGGGGAUUUUGAGAUGGACGUGGUUGCCAUGGUGAACGACACAGUUGCCACCAUGAUUUCCUGCUACUACGAGGAUCGUAGCUGUGAAGUGGGGAUGAUUGUUGGUACUGGUUGUAACGCGUGUUACAUGGAGGAGAUGAGGACCGUGGAGCUGGUGGAGGGAGAGGAGGGGCAGAUGUGUGUGAACACAGAGUGGGGCGCGUUCGGAAACAAUGGGGAGCUGGAGGAGUUCAGACUGGAGUAUGACAGAGUGGUGGACGAGAACUCGAUUAACCCCGGACGGCAGCUAUAUGAGAAGCUGAUCAGUGGGAAGUAUAUGGGUGAGCUGGUCAGACUCGUUCUAAUGAAGCUGGUGAAUGAAGACCUGCUGUUUAACGGGGAAGCCUCAGAGCUGCUGAAGACACGUGGCAGCUUUGAGACACGCUACGUCUCACAGGUUGAGAGUGACGCUGGGGACAGAAAACAAAUCUACAACAUUCUGUUCUCGCUGGGUGUCCUGCCUUCAGACCUGGACUGUGACAUCGUGCGUCUGGUCUGUGAGAGUGUUUCCACUCGCUCUGCCCAUAUGUGCGGUGCAGGUCUUGCUGGCGUCCUUAAUCUGAUGAGGGAGCGACGCAGUCAGGAAGCCCUGAAUAUCACAGUUGGGGUCGAUGGAUCUGUCUACAAACUACACCCAUGUUUCCGUGAAAGGUUCCACAAAAUCGUCAGGGACCUCACUCCUCACUGUGAGAUCACCUUCAUCCAGUCGGAGGAGGGGAGUGGUCGUGGAGCUGCUCUUAUCUCAGCGGUGGCCUGUAAGAUGGCAGCAUGCAUGCUGACACAUUAAACAGGGUUGUGCACUGAGCUCUCUCCCAGCAGGAGAACAGAGAAACAAGCCUGAACUCUGAUCUGAGAACACUGGUGACGUGACAUCUCACAGUCGGCAGCUAUAUCCCUUUUUCUUUUUUUUCUUUUUUAGUUUUAGAGAUGUUUUUCUGCAAAUUGGAAACUCACCACUGAAAGGUGGACUAAUAGUUAUCAACUUAGAUUAUAGACUAUUUUGUUGUAUUAGACCAAUUUGUACCAAUUAACAUGUAACUCAAGUUUAAGAUCGGUUCUCUGUUGCACUCAGAAAUGAGGUUGCAGGAACACUCA